ACCCGGAAGGCGGCGGGGCGGGCGGGGUCGGGGCUGCCACGUUGAAGCGCGACCGGGCCGGCCUGCAGCCGCAGCAGCAGGAGCCGGCGCCUCGCUCGGGCCAGCAGGAUGAAGCUCAAGGAGAUUGAUCGCACUGCUAUUCAAGCAUGGAGUCCUGCCCAACAUCAUCCCAUUUACCUGGCUACGGGUACAUCUGCUCAGCAGUUGGAUGCAACUUUCAGUACCAGUGCCUCCCUAGAAAUGUUUGAGCUGGACUUGUCUGACCCUUCACUGGAUAUGAAGUCCUGUGCUACUUUCUCCUCUUCUCACAGGUACCAUAAGCUGAUAUGGGGGCCUCAUCGAAUGGCUUCAGACAGCAGUCUUUCAGGAGUUCUGAUUGCAGGUGGUGAAAAUGGAAAUGUUAUUUUGUAUGAGCCAGCUAAAAUUAUAGCUGGAGACAGCGAAGUCAUAAUUGCCCAGAAAGACAAGCAUACUGGACCAGUAAGAGCUCUGGAUGUUAAUAUUUUCCAGACAAAUCUUGUAGCCUCCGGUGCUAAUGAGUCUGAAAUCUAUAUCUGGGAUUUGAACAACUUUGCCACGCCAAUGACACCAGGAGCUAAGACGCAGCCCUUAGAAGACAUCAGCUGUAUCUCAUGGAACAAGCAAGUCCAGCAUAUCUUGGCAUCUGCCAGUCCUAGUGGCCGCGCUACUGUGUGGGAUCUCAGGAAAAAUGAACCUAUCAUCAAAGUCAGCGACCACAGCAACCGGAUGCAUUGCUCAGGCUUGGCAUGGCAUCCUGAUGUGGCUACACAGAUGGUCCUGGCUUCAGAAGAUGACAAGUUGCCUGUGAUUCAGAUGUGGGAUCUUAGGUUUGCUUCCUCUCCAUUUCGUGUUUUGGAAAAUCAUACCAGGGGUGUUUUGACCAUUGCUUGGAGUAUGGCAGAUUCCGAGUUGUUACUCAGCUGUGGAAAGGAUGCUAAGAUUGUCUGUUCUAACCCUAACACAGGAGAGGUAUUGUAUGAACUUCCCACAAACACACAGUGGUGCUUUGACGUUCAGUGGUGUCCCAGAAACCCUGCUGUCCUUUCAGCAGCUUCUUUCGAUGGGCGGAUCAGCAUUUACUCCAUCAUGGGGGGAAGCACAGAAGGUUUGAGGCAGAAGCAGGUAGACAAGCUCUCCUCCUCCUUUGGAAAUCUUGAUCCAUUUGGUACAGGGCAGCCCCUCCCACCAUUGCAGCUUCCACAGCAGACAACUCCACAAAGCAGUGUUCUACCAUUAAAGAAGCCACCCAAGUGGAUCCGACGACCUGUGGGUGCAUCAUUUUCAUUUGGGGGUAAGCUGGUUACAUUUGAGAAUACAAAGUCCCAGCAGCAGCAAGGAGCUGAGCAGCCACCACACCACCAUGUGUAUGUGAGCCAGGUUGUCACUGAGAAGGAGUUCUUGAGCCGCUCGAAUCAGCUGCAGGAAGCUGUGCAGUCAGAAGGAUUUGUCAGCUACUGUCAGAAAAAAAUGGACGUGGCUCAGACAGAUUUUGAGAAAAAUGUGUGGGCCUUCUUAAAGGUAAAUUUUGAAGAAGAUUCUCGUGUCAAGUACCUUGAACUCUUGGGGUACAGGAAAGAUGAUCUAGGAAAGAAGAUUACUUCUGCUCUGAAUAAAGAGAGUCUAGCAGAUGACAAGCAAGAAGAGGCUCCUAAAGAAUAUGACCAAUCAGUACAAAAUGACAGUGAAGACAGUCACGCCACUGAGGAGCAGUUCCUGGGAGAGAGUACCAAAGAGAAUAAACAGGAGACUGAAGAUCUGACAUCUGCAAAAGAAACAUUUAACAUCUUUGUCAAUGGCGAUGUUGAUGGUUUGAUUACCCAAGCUUUACUGACUGGCAACUUUGAAAGUGCAGUCAAUCUCUGCUUGCACGAUAACCGUAUGGCAGAUGCUAUCAUACUAGCCAUAGCAGGUGGACAAGAGCUUCUGUCUAAGACACAGAAAAAGUACUUUGCCAAGAUGCAGAGCAAAAUCACCAGGCUCAUCACUGCUGUUGUGACCAAGAACUGGAAAGAGAUAGUUCAGUCUUGUGACUUGCAAAACUGGAGAGAGGCUUUGGCUGCUGUGCUGACUUAUGCCAGGCCGGAUGAGUUUGCAGCUCUUUGUGAUCUGCUGGGCACUAGACUUGAAAAUGAAGGGGACAGUCUCCUGCAGACACAGGCUUGUCUGUGUUAUAUUUGUGCUGGGAAUGUAGAGAAACUAGUUUCAUGUUGGACUAAAGCUCAGGAUGCAAGCAGUCCCUUGUCCCUUCAGGACUUGAUUGAGAAAGUAGUAAUCCUACGUAAGGCUGUGCAUCUUACCCAGGCAGUGGACCCUAAUGCUGUGGGGGCUCUGUUGGCUGAGAAGAUGAGCCAGUAUGCGAACCUGUUGGCUGCGCAAGGCAGUAUUGCUGCUGCUUUGGCUUUCCUCCCUGCAAACACCAGCCAGAUUAAUAUUGUGCAAUUGCGGGACAGACUUUGUCAAGCCCACGGAGAACUUCCAGUGGGACCAGAGGCACCAAAGUCACCUUAUGAGAGACGAUCCAUGCCCAAAGGAAGAGUUGGGCCUGCAGCUGGACAAAUGCCAUUGCCCCAAGUACCAGCUCAGCAAUAUUAUCAGCAGGUUAGAAUUGCCCCUACUGUCACUACCUGGAGUAACAAAACUCCUACUGCCCUUCCCAGCCAUCCUCCUGCAGCCUCUCCCUCUGACACACAGGGAGACAAUCCACCACCUCCAGGUUUUAUUAUGCCAUCACAGCAGUCCCCAUCUCCUGGCUACAACAUGUACUCACAAAUUGGGGCGCUAUCAACUUAUCCACAGACGUAUCAGCCAACCCAGCAGUAUUCUUUUGGAACAGGGGGACCAGCUCUUUAUCAGCCCCAACAGCCUGCAGUGCCUCCUGCUUCAACCUCGUACCCUAACCCUUCUCCUAACCCUCCUUACAUGCCUUCCGCUUGUCCACAUUCCAUGCCCUCUCCAUUAUACCCAGCACAGCCUCAGCCCUCUCCAACAAGCUUGAAUCCUGGUGCUUCUUUCCCUCUUCCUUCAACUGGUGCAUCCUUCCAGCAUGGCAGGCCAGGAGCUCCAGCAACUUCUGCCACUUAUGCAUUGCCUACUGGACCAACAGGUACUCUGCCUGCCACCAGUGAGCUUCCUGCAUCCCAAAGAACAGAAAAUCAGCUUACUCAAGACCAGGCCUCUGUCCUGCAAGGACCUCAAAAUGGUUGGAAUGAUCCUCCUGCGUUGAACAGAGUUGCAAAGAAAAAGAAGAUGCCUGAUAACUUCAUGCCUCCUGUCCCCAUCACAUCUCCAAUAAUGAAUCCUCUGACGGAUCCACAAUCCCAGAUGCAGCAACCUCCAACUUCAGCACCACCUGCAGCCCAGGCUGCCUUUCAGCCUUCGCACCUUCCAUUGGGACAGCCUGUUUUACAAAACCCUUUCCAGCCUAUUCAGCAGCCCCUGGGGCAGUCGAUCAUGCCCCCUGCUGUCUCAAAGCCAAGCACUGAGGGGGCACCAGGAGCCCCAAUUGGCAAUACCAUGCAGCUUGUCCAGUCAUUGCCUACAGAGAAGAUAACAAAGAAGCCUAUACCUGAUGAGCAUCUAAUUCUGAAGACCACAUUUGAAGCUCUCAUCCAGAGAUGCUUGUUGUCUGCCACUGAUCCACAAACAAAGAGGAAGCUAGAUGAUGCAAACAAGCGUCUGGAGUUUCUAUAUGACAGACUUAGGGAACAGACACUUUCCCCCACAAUCAUCAAUGGCUUGCACAGCAUUGCAAAGAGCAUUGAAACGAGAAACUACACAGAGGGACUAAACAUCCACACUCAUAUUGUCAGCACCAGCAACUUCAGUGAAACAUCCGCCUUCAUGCCAGUGCUGAAAGUUGUGCUUACUCAGGCCAAUAAGCUGGGUGUGUGAUGUGACCUCCUGACCUCUGCAGAGCUUAUGAUGUCACUUUUUCCAAAGAAGUGCAUUUCUACAAUAUGUGCAAGGCAUGGACCGGGUAUCAGUCCCUAUAGCAUGUUGCGGUAGAAAUCUGAUCCAUGGCAUUAAAUCAUUCCUGCAGAAUAUUUUCACCUUAGAAUGGCCUUUGAGCCCCAGUGCUUUGUUUUUAUUUUAAUCUUUUAUCAUCCCUAAUGAUUCCUGUCUACAGAUAGUAUAUUUAAUGGAUUAUGCCCCAUAUUGUCAAUUUUAAAUGCAUGCUAUACUGCUAAACAGUGGCUUUUAAUAUACAGGAGUACCCUACAGUGACCCUACUCCUAUCAAAGAAGAUGAUAGAUUGUGUAUCAGACCUUAAAACAAGUUCUGUCCCUUACCUCCCUCCCUGUCAUUCCUUCAUAUCCACCAGAUUAAAGUGUCUGAUCCUG